CACGUGGCCUUGAGGACCUGCUGCUCCUCCCUACUCCGGUCAGCCUGAGGGAGAAGCCGGCAGGAAGCCUGCAUGACCCUCCCCAUCCGCCCUGGGAAGAAGAAGUUGCUGGGUGGCCUGUGCUGCCCCCCCUCCAGAGGUGGGCAAUGCAGGUUGACAUGGAUGAUGAAGAUGGCCGGUGCUUGCUAGAUGUAAUUUGUGAUCCUCAGGCUUUGAAUGAUUUUUUACAUGGAUCUGAAAAGAUUGACAGUGAUGAUCUCCUUGACAACACAGGAGAUGCAGCCAGUGCCUUCUUUGAGGGUGCUGGGCUGCAUGUACAAGAAUCCUCUGGCAACCAUCUGAACACUGAACAGAAUCAGCCCACAGCCAGCGUCGACUUAGACUUUCUAGAAGAUGACAUCCUGGGAUCCCCCUCAGGUGGCGGGGCGAGUCUUCCCAACUCAGACCAGCCCUGCGACAUUCUGCAGCAGAGCCUGCAAGAGGCUAACAUCACCGAACAGACUCUGGAAGCAGAGGCAGAACUGGACCUUGGGUCUUUCCAGCUCCCUACGCUCCAGCCAGUGGUCCAGACUGCCUCUGAUGGCACGCCGCAGAUUUUCUCCAGCGGAGCGGACCUGAUUGGCUUGCAGCAGCCGGCAGUUCUGACCCAUCAAGCCCUGGUGCAGCAGUCUGUGGGAGCUGAGGUUGUCAAUAAGGCCAUCAGCGUGCAGCCAUUUCUCCAGCAGGUCGGCUUGGGGAAUGUUACCAUCCAGCCCAUUUCCAACCUUCAGGGCUUGCCUAAUGGAAGCCCAAGUGGAACGCUGGGAAUUGGGCCGAUUCAGGUAGUUGGGCAGCAGGUGAUGGCUAUUAACCAAUCAGCUCAGCAGAUCAUUGCAAAACAAGUUCAGCCCUCCCAAGUAGCCACGAUGCCUGUGGGCAGUUACAUCACCCAGACAACGCCUGAGCAGCAGCAGGUCACCCUCGCGUCCACGGGGGUGUCUCCGCAGAACGCUGGUCUGGUGAUCCAGAAAAACCUGCCCUCAGUGGCCACUACGACGCUGAACGGCAACUCCAUGUUUGGGAACGUAUCUGCCACCCAAGGCUCCCAGCCUCUCACCGUCACAUCGAACUUAAGCAGCCCACUGGUGCAGGCCCAAAACGUGAUCAUCCACAGAACCCCCACCCCAAUUCAGCCCAAGCCCACAGGGGUCCUCCAGCAAAAGCUGUACCAGAUCACCCCCAAGCCAUUUGGUCCCAAUAACACCACCCUGACCAUCCAAAACGAGGCUGCCCUGCAACAACAGAAGGCCCAACAGAACCUGACUUUCAUGGCAGGCAAACCAGGACAGAAUGUGGUGCUGUCCGGCUUCCCGCAGGGGCUGCCCGCCAACAUGUUCAAACAACCGCCACCACAGCAGCAAGCCCUCAGUAAACCCAUGAGCGUCCACUUGCUAAACCAGGGCAGCAGCAUUGUCAUUCCGGCGCAGCACGUUCCUCAGGCCAUGCUGCAGGGUCAGAACCAGUUUCUUCUUCCGGGGCAGUUAGCCGGGGCUUCUGCUGUUCAGAUACCCCAGCAGCUCUCAGCUUUGCAGGCUAACAUGGGAGGGCAGAUCCUAACAACUUCGCACCCUAGCGGCCAAGCCCACAUCAUCGCUAGCCAAGGGCCUGGUGGACAGCUGAUCACCAAUCAGGCCUUGCCUGCCCAAAUCCUGACCAACCAGAACAUAGCUAGCCAGCUGAAUCUGGGGCAGGUGCUUACCUCGCAGAAUGCACACGGCACUGCUCACAUCCUGUCUGCACCUAUUCAGCUGCAGCCUGGUCAGGUGGGUCAGCCGACUCUGUUCCAGAUGCCUGUCUCUCUAGCUGGCAGCUUGACCACUCAGAGUCAGCCCUCUGUGGCAGCCUCACUGGCCAGUGGUGCCAUCAGUCAGACAGGGCAGACUGUUCUCCAGGGUGUGACUCUGCCCAAUCAAGUUGCUAUGUUAAACGCCACUGAGAACCUCACCCAGGCUGUGAGCCUCCAGGCAUCUGUCCCCACCAGCAGCCAGAGUCCCGGCCUCAUUCAGCAGCAGCCCACAUCCGGCCCCAGCCUGCUGCCAAGCAGCGACCAGUCCUCUCUACUGACCGUCCAGAGUGCAUCCCAGCCUCCAGCUGCACCUCCACCUCCGCUUCCGAUGAGUGUGCAGCAGCAGCCUCCUCCAGCACCUCAGCAGCCAGCACAGCUACCCGCAAAUUCACAGCCCAGCCCUAAUGUGGCAUCCAGUCCAGAGAAGAUCAUCUUGGGCCAGGCAGCGGCUGGGACUGUUAUCAGCCAAGAUUCCAUGCAGCUGUUUCUGCAGCAGAAGGAUCGGAACCAGCAGCAGCAGCAGCAGCAAUUUUAUCCGGCAGCCCUGAAAAUGCAGCAGGAGACCAAUCUGAAUCAGUCCACAGUACCACCACACCUUCCAAUGCCUCUGCCCAUCUACAGCAUAGCCACAGCAGCCCUCAGCACCACAAGCAGUGUCCCAGCAUCAGUGAUAGUCAGCAGCAGUGCGGGCGCAGCUCUGCAGCCGCCUGCCAGCCGAGAGCUGACCCAGACUCAGAAUCUGGCAACGGUGGAGUCCAAAGGACCGAAUCUUAUACCUCAGUUCUCAGCCAGCCAUUCCCAACAGGCACUGGCUUGCCAGUUACCCGCCUCCCCGUCCCAUUCGCUACCUCAUCCUCCGGUGGGGGACAGCCCCCAGCUCCAGCCUGCACACCUCUCUCAGAUGCAGUCUCCCCACCAGUCCCGCCCUCCGUCACAGCCCCAGCCACUUUCCCGGCCACCUUCCCGCCCUCACUCUAGGCCCCCCUCCCAGCCACAGACGUUGUCCCGGCCUCCCUCGGAACCCCUCUCCCGGUCCUGCACCCCUCAGACGCAAAUGCAGAAUUUGUAUGUGAUCCAGAAUCAGAUGGCAUCAUCGCCCCACGGGCCUGCUCAGCACCCUUUACGGCCUCCCUCGCAGCCUCAGGUACAGUUCCAGCCACCGCAGCCUCAGGCCGAAGGGCAGCCCCAGCUGGCAACGCCUCCACAUAUGCAGCUGCAAGUUCAGCUCGCUGCUCAGAUCCAGCCCCAGACAGAGACACAGGUGCAAGCUCGGCUGCAGUCCCAGAUCCAGGCUCCAACUGAGUCCCCUCAUACUCAUUCCCCACACUUCCAGUUCCCUUCCCAAGGCCAAAUCAAACCACCAGCCCCAACCCAGACCCUUCACCUAACACCGGAGCAGCAACGGAGUUUUCAGAUGGUCCCGAAUCAAUUCCAGACACUCUCUGCAAUUCCUAACCCCUCUCCGCAAAAGCAGCUAUUGGACAGGUUCCAGCAGGUGCCCCAGGGGAUCAUCCUGCAAACAAAACACCAGACUUCCACCAGCCAGGCGCCUUCAGCUCUGAGCCACUUCAGCAGCCAGCCUUCAUCUGUCCUGGUUAGCAGCCAAGGACAGCCAGGAGCAGUGACAGCCGCGCAAGCCCCAGUCCACAGUCACCCAUCUGUCCCCGCUGCAGUCCAGCCUUCUCCUGCAGGCAUAGCUGCUCCAGUUCCUGCCGAGAGCAAAACGUUUCCCAGUGGCUCCACAGCUGUUUCUGGGGGGAAAGUGACCACAGUUCCAGGGAAGCCAGGAGCGCCUCUUGCCGUGCAGCAGCCAGUUCAGGCCAAACCUGGAGUGAUUAGCUCCAUCUCUGGCCUGAAUCUUGGAAAAGGUCCCUUGCAGAUCCAGGUAGUUGGGAAAGGAUUGUCACAACUCAUGCCCUCGGUCCCAGUCCAAACCCAGCAGCAGUAUGAUAGCAAGCUUGGAGGUCUGAAAAAAACUCCUACACUACAGCCCAGCAAGGAAGCUUGUUUCUUGGAACAGUUACACAAACAUCAGGGAGCAGUGUUGCGCCCUGACUAUAAAACUUCAUUCCAGUCAUUUGAAGAUGCUUUACAAAGGCUUCUACCCUAUCACGUAUAUCAGGGGAUGCUCCCCUCUACCCAUGACUACAGAAAGGUAGAUGAAGAGUUUGAAACCGUGUCAACCCAACUGCUGAAACGCACGCAAGCUAUGCUGAACAAAUACCGCCUGCUGCUCUUAGAGGAGUCUCGGAGAGUUAGUCCUUCUGCAGAGAUGGUGAUGAUUGAUCGAAUGUUUAUUCAGGAAGAAAAGACCAUGCUGGCUCUUGAUAAACAGCUAGCAAAGGAGAAACCCGAUGAGUACGUCUCCUCCUCUUCUCGCUCGCAGAGCCUCACUUCCUCUCUGGCGCUUGCCUCUGCGUCCAGCAUCACCCCGGCUUCUGAGAACCUAAAGGUGCCUGCAGUGCAGACCGCUACCCAGAUCCACCCCACCAAAUUGGUGAUCAAGCACAGUGGCGGCUCCCCUUCUGUCACGUGGGCUAAAGCUUCCCCUUCUUUGGACGGCGAUGAGGAUGCCCUACCCUCGAGGAGCAAGCCCCCAAUCAAAACGUAUGAGGCCCGGAGCCGGAUCGGGCUGAAGCUGAAGAUCAAGCAGGAGGCUGGUCUCAGCAAGGUGGUCCACAACACUGCCUUGGACCCUGUCCACCAGCCGCCCCCAGUGUGCACUGUCAUUAAACCAUCUGAGCCGCACUCUUCAGCCGCCGCCGUCGCCACCACCACCGCCGGGCAAAUGAACGGGACUCUUGACCAUGUCACCUCAGCUCCUGUGGAGAAAAAACCCCUUGUGACCUACUGCAGGCUUCCGCUGCGUAAGACUUACCGGGAGAACGUGGAUGCUUUUGUAGCAGAUAAAGCCACCGAUGCCUGUCCAAAGGGAAGCAGCCCGGCCCCUCAGAAGACCGAUGACUCUACCAGUGGCCUUAUGAAGGAACUUGCAGAAGUAGAGGAUGAGUUUUAUCAUGGAAUGAUAAAAACAGAGCCCCCUGACCACAGCUCUGGCUCAGAGCUCACCUGGGAAGUGCCCCUGCCUCCAGCCAAGCGCAGGAAGUCCGAGUCCUUUGACGUGGAUAACGCCAGCUUCUCCAGCGACAGCCCCCAGGACGACUCCCUUAAUGAGCACCUACAGAGUGCCAUUGACAGCAUCCUCAACCUGCAGCAACCUCAGACUGGGGGCCAGAGCAUCCGGACCCCCUCCUCCUCUUACAACUCCUCUUCCUCCCCUUUCUCUUCGCCUGUCCACCGUACAGACACUUACCUUGCCCCCAAUCACAACGGCGGCCUUGGAGCAAGGACGUUGAACAGAUAACAGAAAACCAAACGGCGCAGAAACUGGACACAGAGCAAGGACCGAAGAAAACGCUCUUGCUGGUUGAAACGGUCGAGCACCGUGGGUGUUAUUGGUGCCAUCUACCCAGAGACCUAAUGGCUCGGGCCUGGCACCAGCAGGAGUGGGGGAAGAGGGUGUCCUAGUGAUGCUUCAUCCGAGGGUUGAAAUGAUGGGCUAUGGAUGUUGUCAAGUACAAGCUGAGGCUGGAUUUACAAUACACUCGUCUCAUCAGAUACACCCUAGAACCGCAAGUGAGAAGCAACCAGGCGGGUGGGAGGGGAUUGACGGGCCCAUAGGUAGUGCUGGCUAUGUAAUUUAGAUUCUGUAACAAAUUGCUAAUUUGAGUAUCUGAUCAGUCUUCUCCUCUCCCCCACACC